UUUUCUUCUUCUUUUGCGUUUCUGUUUUUCUCCUUGACGCUUGUACUAAAAAACAAAAAAAUAUUUAAAAUGAAUGUAAAUACCGGGAAAUUGAGGAAAAAGGAAAUGCAAAAACACGUUUCCGCAUGAUUCACAGUCACCGGGGCCUCUUCACUCUUUCCUUCAAUAAAGGACAAAAGUUGGCUGCAACCUUAACACUCCGGUCAAUUUGACGAGAGCAAAACACGUGAAACAGGGCCUAAACUCUUCUUAUGUAUACAUUGUAAGAGGAAGUGAUCGUGACCAUCAAGUAGAGAUUAUUGAUUAUCAAAAUGCCUUCCUUCAAUCUCAAUGUGUUGAUGACCCUUGUGCUUGGCUUGCUUAGCCUCAGCUGUUUGAGUGAAGCUGAUUAUCGCUCCCACGUCUGUUCUAACACAACCCGUUUCACUCCCAACAGCACCUACGAAUUCAAUCUUAAUCUGCUGCUCUCUUCACUCACCUCCAAUGCCACCCGUGAACUUGGUUUCUACAACACCACCGCCGGCUCCCAAGACCCCAACACUGCAGUUUACGGCUCCUUUCUAUGCCGUGCCGAUCUCACAUCAGAUGCAUGCCAAGAUUGUGUGGCUACUGCAGCCAGAGACGCGGUCCAAGAGUACUGCCCCUUAAGAAAAGUCACCACAAUUUGGUACGACGAUUGCAUGUUACGCUACUCAAACGUGUCUUUUUUUGGCCAUAUGGAUCAACACCCAAAAGUUUAUUUGUUUAGCUCGGGAAACGUUACUGAACCAAUCCGGUUUAAUCAGUUGCUGUCGAAAACAAUCACUGAAUUGGUGCCUGUGGCAGUAAAUGCGGCCCCCGGUGCUAAAAAGUUUGCUACAAAAGAAGUGAACUUUACAGGGUUUCAGGACUUGUACAGCCUUGUGCAGUGCACGCCAGACCUGUCAGGCACCGAUUGUGAUCGGUGUCUUCGAGGAGCUAUUGCGCUUCUUCCGGCUUGUUGUAAUGGGAAGCCAGGGGCAAGAGUUGUGUGUCCUAGUUGUAAUGUUAGAUAUGAAUUCUAUCCAUUUUAUACUAGUGUUGCUGCCCCUCCUUCACCACCAACACCACUGCUUCUUCCUCCUCCACCUCCAGCUUCAGUUUCAAGAUCUCAAGGAAAUGAUGACCAAAUCUCAUCUUUACCCAUAGUGGCCAUUGUGGUUCCAAUUGCCAUAUUGCUCUUCUUGGUAGGCUGCUGUUUCUUCAGAAGAAGAGCAAGGAAAAAGUACAAUGCUAAACAACAACAAAAUGUGGGGAGCGAAAUUAGUAGUGUGGAGUCAUUGCAGUUUGAUUUGCAUACAAUUGAAGCAGCCACAGAAAAUUUCUCUGAUCAGAACAGGUUAGGGGGAGGUGGCUUUGGUGAGGUUUACAAGGGUACACUCCGUGAUGGGCUACAAAUAGCUGUGAAGAGGUUAUCUAGAGGCUCUGGGCAAGGUGCCGAAGAGUUUAAGAAUGAGGUUGUUUUGGUAGCUAAGCUUGAGCACAGAAAUUUAGUGAGGCUACUGGGAUUUUGCUCUGAAGGAGAAGAAAAGAUACUUGUUUACGAACUUGUGGAGAACAAAAGCCUUGACCACUUUCUAUUCGGCCCUGAGAACCAAGUAAAAUUGGAUUGGUCAAGCAGAUACAAGAUUAUUGGCGGGAUUGCUCGAGGGCUUCUCUAUCUCCAUCAAGAUUCUCGGCUUAAAAUCAUACAUCGUGAUCUUAAAGCAGGCAAUGUAUUGUUAGAUGGGAACAUGAACCCAAAAAUUGCAGAUUUUGGCAUGGCAAGAAUAUUUGGUGUUGACCAAACUCAAGGAAGCACAAGAAGGAUUGUGGGAACAUAUGGUUACAUGCCUCCAGAAUAUGCAAUGUAUGGACAGUUCUCUGUGAAGUCCGACGUGUACAGUCUUGGUGUCUUGAUCUUAGAGAUUGUAACUGGCAAGAAGAACACUAAUUUCUAUAACUCGGACGGUGGCGAAGACCUCUUGAGCUAUGCUUGGAGGCAUUGGAGGGAUGGGACAUCCUUAGAAUUAUUGGAUCCAAAUCUAAGAGAUUCUUAUGAAAAAACAGAAGUAAUUAGAUGUGUCCAUAUUGGGUUACUCUGUGUUCAGGAAAAUCCAGAUGAGAGACCCACAAUGCAAUCCAUUGUUCUCAUGCUAAGCAGUGACUCUGUUACCAUGGCAUUACCUCAAAAGCCUGCAUUUUUCAUGCAUAGUAGAACAGAGCUGAACAUGCCAUCAUUAACCACUGAAUCAUCUGAUCCAACUGCUAGCAACUUGUUGCCAUUUUCUGUUAACGAAGAAUCAAUUACUGAAUUAUACCCCCGUUAGUGUAUAUCGAACAAUCUUGCAGGACUGUACUUAGGAAGUUCUUUGAUUUUGUUUCAUUUCUCUAUGCUUUUCAUGGUUGAUCUAGCUGUUUUGUUUCUUGUUAGUUUAGUUAGUAUCUGCUCCAUAGGCAUGGGGCCUCUGUAUUGGUUUGGUUGCCGUUGUAGCGUUGUCUUUAUUUGCCA